CUGGUGCGCAAGUGCAUGCUGCACAUCCCGGGCUCUGUUACUCGGGAAGAGAAGAUGGCGAUGGCUCCAGCAGCUGUGGUGGUUCCCGCCGAGUGGAUUAAGAACUGGGAGAAAUCUGGGAGAAGUGAGUUUUUGCGGUUAUGCCGGAUUCUCAGUGAAAGUAAAAGCCGCGACACUCUGGCUUGUAGAGAUUUUCAGCAAGCUCUCUAUGAGUUGUCAUACCAUGUCAUUAGAGGAACUUUAAAGCCUGAACAGGCAUCAAACGUUCUUAGUGACAUCAGUGAAUUUCGUGAAGAUAUUCCGCUUAUUCUUGCUGAUAUAUUCUGCAUCCUAGAUAUUGAGACGAACUGUUUAGAAGAAAAAAGUAAGAGAGAUCAUUUUACACAAUUGGUAUUAGCAUGUUUAUAUUUAGUUUCAGACACAGUUCUAAAGGAACGCUUGGAUCCGGAAACAUUGGAGUCAUUAGGCCUAAUCAAACAAUCACAGCAGUUCAAUCAAAAAUCAGUCAAAAUCAAGACGAAACUCUUUUAUAAACAGCAGAAGUUCAAUUUGUUAAGAGAAGAAAAUGAAGGUUAUGCCAAGCUGAUUGUUGAAUUGGGACAAGAUUUAUCUGGAAAUAUUACUAGUGAUUUAAUCUUAGAAAUUCUCAAAUCUUUAAUAGGAUGCUUCAAUCUGGAUCCCAAUCGAGUUUUGGAUAUCAUCUUAGAAGUGUUUGAAUGCAGGCCAGAACACCAUGAUUUCUUUAUAGCUUUAUUAGAAGCUUACAUGGGUAUGUGUGAACCACAAACACUGUGUCAUAUUCUUGGGUUCAAAUUCAAGUUUUACCAGGAACCAAAUGGUGAGACUCCAUCAUCCUUGUACACAGUUGCAGCAGUACUUCUACAGUUUAAUCUUAUUGAUUUGGAUGGUCUUUAUGUACACCUUCUUCCAGCUGAUACUUGCAUUGUGAAUGAAUACAAACGAGAAAUUGUGGAAGCUAAGCACAUUGUUAGGAAACUUACAAUGGUUGUAUUGCCUUCUGACAAAAGUGAUGAACGAGAGAAAGAAAAGAAAAAAGAUGACAAAGUAGAGAAGGCAUCUGACAAUCAAAAACUUGGUUUGUUGGAAGCUUUGUUAGUUAUUGGUGAUUGGCAGCAUGCACAGAGUAUUAUGGAUCGAAUGCCUCCGUACUAUGCAGCAUCACAUAAAGUAAUAGCCCUUGCUAUUUGCAAUCUUAUACAUAUAACUAUUGAGCCUCUUUACCGAAGAGUUGGUGUUCCAAAGGGUGCUAAAGGCUCACCUAUCAAUGCUUUACAAAACAAGAAGUCGCCAAAGCCAGUGGAGAGCUUUGAAGACUUAAGGAGAGAUGUUUUCAGUAUGUUCUGCUAUCUUGGUCCUUACCUUUCUCAUGAUCCCAUCUUAUUGGCAAAGGUUGUGCGCAUAGGCAAGUCAUUUAUGAAGGAAUUUCAGUCUGAUGGGAAACAAGAAAAUAAAGAGAAGUUGGAAGUUAUCUUUAGUUGCUUGCUUAGCAUUACUGACCAGGUACUCCUUCCAUCUCUCUCUUUAAUGGAUUGCAAUGCGUGUAUGUCAGAGGAACUAUGGGGAAUGUUUAAAACAUUUCCUUAUCAGCAUAGAUACCGAUUAUAUGGUCAGUGGAAGAAUGAGACUUACCACAGUCACCCACUUUUAGUAAAAGUUAAAGCCUAUACAGUAGACAGAGCCAAGUACAUCAUGAAGCGUCUAACCAAGGAAAAUGUGAAGCCUUCAGGGAGACAAAUUGGGAAACUGAGCCACAGCAAUCCAACCAUUUUGUUUGAUUAUGUCUUGUCACAAAUACAGAAGUAUGAUAACUUAAUAACACCUGUGGUAGAUUCAUUGAAAUAUCUGACUGCGUUGAAUUAUGAUGUUUUGGCCUAUUGUAUUAUCGAAGCUUUAGCUAACCCAGAAAAAGAAAGAAUGAAGCAUGAUGACACAACCAUCUCAAGCUGGCUUCAGAGUCUGGCUAGUUUUUGUGGAGCAGUUUUUCGUAAAUACCCUAUUGAUCUGGCUGGUCUUCUUCAGUAUGUAGCCAAUCAAUUAAAGGCAGGCAAAAGCUUUGAUUUGCUUAUAUUGAAAGAAGUGGUACAAAAAAUGGCAGGAAUAGAAGUUACUGAGGAAAUGACAGCAGAGCAGCUGGAGGCCAUGACUGGUGGGGAGCAACUGAAAGCUGAGGGUGGAUAUUUUGGCCAGAUAAGAAACACUAAAAAAUCUUCUCAGCGAUUGAAGGAUGCGCUACUGGACCAUGAUCUUGCCCUUCCUCUUUGUUUGCUUAUGGCUCAGCAGAGGAAUGGGGUGAUCUUUCAGGAAGGUGGAGAGAAACAUUUGAAACUUGUAGGAAAGUUGUAUGACCAGUGUCAUGAUACUUUGGUACAGUUUGGUGGGUUUUUAGCAUCAAAUUUAAGCACAGAUGAUUACAUAAAGAGAGUGCCUUCGAUUGAUGUGCUGUGUAAUGAAUUUCAUACACCCCACGAUGCAGCCUUUUUUCUGUCUAGGCCAAUGUAUGCACACCAUAUUUCAUCAAAGUAUGAUGAACUUAAGAAGUCAGAAAAGGGUAGUAAACAGCAGCAUAAAGUUCACAAGUACAUUACAGCAUGUGAGAUGGUGAUGGCUCCUGUCCAUGAAGCAGUGGUCUCCUUACAUGUUUCCAAAGUAUGGGAAGAUAUCAGCCCUCAGUUCUAUACCACAUUCUGGUCUCUGACAAUGUAUGACCUUGCAGUUCCACAUACCAGCUAUGAACGAGAGGUUAAUAAACUUAAGAUCCAGAUGAAAGCAAUUGAUGACAAUCAAGAAAUGCCUCUGAAUAAAAAGAAAAAAGAGAAAGAGCGCUGCACUGCCCUUCAGGACAAGCUUCUUGAAGAAGAAAAGAAGCAAAUGGAGCAUGUACAGCGAGUUCUACAGAGACUAAAGCUGGAAAAGGAUAACUGGCUCUUAGCAAAAUCUACUAAAAAUGAGACCAUCACAAAGUUUCUCCAGUUGUGUAUAUUUCCUCGAUGUAUUUUUUCAGCAAUCGAUUCUGUUUACUGUGCUCAUUUUGUUGAGUUGGUUCAUCAGCAGAAGACUCCAAAUUUCUCCACACUUCUCUGCUAUGACCGAGUUUUCUCUGAUAUAAUUUACAUGGUUGCUAGCUUUACUGAAAAUGAAGCUAGUCGAUAUGGGAGAUUUCUUUGCUGCAUGUUAGAGACUGUGACUAGAUGGCAUAGCGACAGGUCCACCUACGAGAAGGAAUGUGGGAACUAUCCAGGGUUCCUUACUAUAUUACGAGCAACUGGAUUUGAUGGUGGAAAUAAAGCUGAUCAGUUAGAUUAUGAGAAUUUUCGACAUGUUGUCCAUAAAUGGCAUUAUAAACUAACCAAGGCAUCAGUACACUGCCUGGAGACAGGCGAAUAUACUCAUAUCAGGAAUAUCUUGAUUGUGCUAACAAAAAUACUGCCGUGGUACCCCAAAGUUUUAAAUCUGGGUCAGGCAUUGGAAAGAAGAGUGCAUAAAAUCUGUCAAGAAGAGAAAGAAAAGAAGCCAGAUCUGUAUGCACUAGCAAUGGUUUACUCUGGGCAGCUGAAAAGUAGAAAGUCACACAUGAUUCCUGAAAAUGAAUUUCAUCACAAAGAUCCUCCUCCGAGAAAUGCUGCUACAAGUAUGCAAAAUGGUCCUUGUAGUGGGCUGCAGUUGUCUAUAGGAAGUAUAUCAAAGUCAGAUGAGAGCAGUACUGAGGAGACUGACAAGGCCCGGGAAAGGACUCAGUGUGGUGUGAAAGCUCUUAGUAAAGUUUCUAGCACCACACCAAAAGGGAAUUCAAACAAUGGAAAUAGUGGCUCCAAUGCCAAAGCUGUUAAGGAAAAUGACAAAGAGAAGGGCAAAGAGAAAGAAAAAGAGAAAAAAGAAAAGACUCUAACUGUUACUCCAGAGACUAGGGUGCUUGGUAAAGACAAUAAAGAAAAACCCAAGGAGGAACAGCCAAAUAAAGAUGAAAAGAUACGAGAGACCAAGGAAAGAAUGUCUAAAUCUGACAAAGAUAAGGAAAAAUUAAAGAAGGAGGAAAAAGCUAAAGAUGAGAAAUUCAGGAUCAUUGUCCCCAAUGUAGAAUCAAAAUCCUCUCAAGAAAGAGAAAAAGAGAAAGAGCCAUCCAAAGAAAGAGACUUAAUAAAGGAGAUAAAAUCAAAAGAAAAUGUUAAAGGAGGAGAAAAAACACUACUUUCUGGGUCCUUGAAAUCACCUAUUUCCCGAACAGAUAAUUUAGAGCCCGAAAGAGAAAAACGUCGCAAGGUUGAUUCCCAUCCUUCUCCAUCACAUUCUUCCACAAUAAAAGACAGUCUCAUCAAACUCAAGGAGUCUUCAGCAAAGCUCUACAUCAACCAUGCUCCACUACCAUUGUGUAAGAGUAAGGAGAGAGAAACGGACAAGAAAGAUUUGGAUAAGUCAAGAGAAAGAUCCAGAGAAAGAGAGAAAAAAGAUGAAAAGGACCGGAAAGACCGGAAAAGGGAUUAUUCAAACAAUGACCGGGAAGUGCCCUUAGACUUGGUCAAAAGGCGGAAAGAUGAAAAUGGAAUAUUGGGGAUUUCAAAACACAAAAGUGAAAGUCCCUGCGAGUCUCCUUAUCCAAGUGAAAAAGAGAAAGAAAAAACUAAGUCAAAAUCCUCAGGCAAAGAAAAAGGUGAUUGCUUUAAACCUGAAAAGAUGGAUAAGCUAUCCAGUGGGAAGAAGGAGUCUGGACAUGAUAAAGAGAAGGUAGAGAAGAGAGAGAAGUGGGAGGGCUGUGGAGAUAAGGAAGACAAGAAGCAUCAUAAGUCCUCAGACAAGCACAGAUAAUGCAGACUUCCAGCCAACAGUGGUUCCCCGGCCAAGGCUGCCAGAGCUCUGUGUCACUCAAAACUUAAUUAGGAGCUUCUGGUGCUGUCCAUCUUACGAGAAUCUGCUUACAUCAGAAGAUGAAUGUGCAUCACCAUCCUCUUGAGACAUUUCAAAGUCACUGGUUUUCAGAACAUUAUUUUCACCUUCAGGCAGUUUCUUGCAGCAAGAUCCCUGUGCGUACAUUUUUUUUUUUUUUUUCUUGAAAUAACAACACCCAGAAACAGCAUCUAUGAAAUUUCACCAGCUGAGUCUUGGAUCACCCUUAGACAGGGCCUGCUGUGCAUUUACCAGUAUAUAAGAAGUAUGCUAUGGUGAGUUGUUGAAGUUACUGUUCUACUGUCAUAGAGUGAUUUAAUACUAGUUACAG